CUCUGAGCAAAACAAAGUAGCUAAGCUAGCUAAAGUACAUGGACAGAAAAUGACAAGACAGUUUACAAAAGUCAAGCUCAAGAUGAGUCCAAUUUAAGUCUUAAGGAAUAUAAUGGCAAAUAUAAUCUCUCCUCAUUAUUAAAGGGUGGAAAAAGUCCUUGGGGAUAUUGCGGGCGGCAUUAUACAAUCUUGCUGUGCCUGCCAGCCAGCCACCACCAUCAUCCUUUCUUCUUCUUCUUCUUCGUCUUCUCGCUCAUAUUAACUGCACAUGCAAGCAGCAUGCAGCAGCAGCAGGAUUAUGAUCACCACAAUCACCAACUCAAACCUCCAUUAUUAACAUCACCAACCAACCAGAGAGCUUUGUGUCGACACUCGACACUAGUACCCUAGCUAGCUAGUGUAGAAAACAGGAAAAAAGAAAGCUUAUAAUCAGAAUCAGCCCUUUCCAAUUGAAUUAAGAGAAGCCUUAGCCUCUCUCUCUCUCUCGCUCUGAAAUUGAAUGCUGCAGCAGCAAGGCCACAUUGAAUGCCCACGCGGUUUCGAAAGAGCAUUGGUCUCUCACGCAGCUGACUUUGGCCUCCACUCCCCUCAUUAUGCAUCCCAUUUUUUGCUGUCAUUUUAACUCUCUUUUCUCUUCCUCUGCCGCCACCCCACACACCCUUUUCCACUCUGUCUCUUUCUCCUUCCCUAUUUACUAAUGUCAGCAUUUGGGCAAUGUGCUCUCUAUAAAUGCACUUUCACCGUUUCUCCCUUCCUUUCCAACCCAACUCCCUCUCACAAGUCACAGACUCACAGACAGUACCCUUUAGAAUCCACCUGCGCAUCUCAGCAAGCAAGCAAUCUGCUUUCUUUCUCCAAACAAGCAACAAGAAGAAGAGAAAGGUGAGGAAGCCAAUUAGAAGAAGGGGAAGGAUCUGAUCUGAUCUGAAGAAUGGGGAGACCACCAUGCUGUGACAAGGCUGGGGUGAAGAAAGGCCCAUGGACUCCUGAAGAGGACAUCCUCCUCGUCUCUUACAUUCAGGAGCACGGCCCUGGCAACUGGAGAGCCGUCCCCACCCACACUGGGCUGCUGAGAUGCAGCAAAAGCUGCCGGCUUCGAUGGACUAAUUACCUCCGUCCAGGGAUCAAGCGCGGCAACUUCACUGACCACGAAGAGAAGAUGAUCAUCCAUCUCCAAGCCCUUCUUGGAAACAGAUGGGCAGCCAUAGCUUCGUACCUCCCGGAGCGAACGGACAACGACAUCAAGAACUACUGGAACACCCACCUCAAGAAGAAGCUCACGAUGAUGAACAAUAGCGAUUCCUCUUCUCCGUCGGCCUCGCUCGUCGGCUCGCCGUCCCCUUCCUCGUCGGCUGAUUCAUCGAUCUCGCCUUCCAAGAAAUCUACGAAACCCUCGAGAGGCCAAUGGGAGAGAAGGCUUCAAUCCGACAUCCACACCGCCCGCCGCGCCCUCUCCCACGCCAUAUCUCCCCCGCCGACGGCAUCCUCCUCCUCCUCGACGUACGCGUCCAGCGCCGACAAUAUCGCCAGGUUGCUUAAAGGCUGGAUGAAAAACAAGCCUACUAGCAACGAGUCGGCCGAGUCAAUGCCCACUAGUGGUGGCGUGGACUCGGUGGUCGAGUUACCGGGUCGCGCAUUAAAUGCUCUGCUCGGGUUCGGGUCGGGCGACGGGGCUUCGAAUUGUUCCUAUGAUCUUUCGCUAAGCGGCUCUCCUGCGACUACAACAGCAACGACGUCGUUCAAGGCGGAAGAAGGGUGCGAGGAUGUGUCUGAUCCGGACGAGGCGAGCUUGUCGUUGCUCGAGAAAUGGCUACUCGACGAAGGAACUUUUUUGACCGCCGUUGGGAAUUAACAUGAGUUUCUUACUGCGGUGCUCGAGUAUAAAAACAAUUAAUUUUUAAUCUUUUUUUUUACUGGCAGCUAAUUGAUGGGUAAUGACUAAAAAUUCGUUGAUUAUCAUUUUCCCUAUUUUAUUUACAAUAUUGCUCCCAGAAUGGACUGAUGUGCUCGGAAAUGAAGAUGUAGAUAAGAUUGAUAUCGUUGGAUUAGUGAGAUUUUAAUCACAUAAAAUGCAAUCCAAUGAUAUCAGUUUUAUUUACAAUGGAGUCACUAAUGUAGUACUGUUUUUUUCUUCUUCGUGCAAGUAAUUGAUUUGUCUGUAG